AUGCAGAGGGCAUCCGUCAUUUCUGCUGAAAGAGAGCCGACUCAGAGCAAAGACAUCGAUGACAAGGUCUGCAAGCCAUAUUUUGUGCCUGACACUUUUCCGCGCAUGGUCCGACGUGUCUCUUCAUUUCCACCUCAGCGGCCGUAUCAAGUUCACUAUGGUGCCUCAUCGAACAUAUCUUUACUCAAUCACCUUUAUCAAUCGUUCAAUCCCCUAUUUGGCGGGGAUUUUUUGAUCCGCCGGCUUCAUAACUUCUCCGAGUCUCUGGGAGAAAGUAGCACUAAGAUGAUUGACCCCGCUGCGAUAUCGGAAUUUUGCCAAAAGACUAUUUUUCUGGCAGAUGAAGUCGCUCCCGCACUAGCUGAGGAGAUCUUGGAACAUUUUCUUGCUGUGCACCGACUUUUGAUACCUGUUCAAAAGCCACAGGCCAUUAAAUGUGAUUUGCAUUCUUUAUAUGACAUUGAAUCGAUCCCGGCAUUGAGUAACGCUCGACGAAGAGCAUUGUUACUCAUGUUAGCUACUGCCUCUUUGACCACGAGACAUCAUAAGUUGGCGGACAUUUUUAUUCAUUAUUUCAACGAAUUGUCUUCAUCGGCCGAUGAUAACCUAACUACGUCGUCAAUAGAAAUCGAUUGCCUCCUGAUACAACACGCUUUCUACUACACCGAGAAAGGACUCUCCAACGACGCAUAUCUAUCAAUAGGCUCGGCCACCCGGAAGAUCUUCUCCGCCGGUCUACAUAGGGAUCCGCCGCAAGGGUCUAGGUCAGACCUAGAGAUUGAGGAGCAAAGGAAUCUCAACUUUAACAACAGAAAUAGCUGGAUUUGUGUUCACUUAGGGCGCCCGAGCUCUUUCACUGCUGUUCAACUUGCUGUGCCUCCGCCGAAAGACCCUUUCCUUCUAGCCCUAGUCGGACUUUCAGAAAUUAUGACCAAAUGCUCGAAUCAGAUAUACAUUCCAAACAAAGGCUCUUUGCUCCCGAUUUGGAUGAGUGCUGUGGCACUUAUAUCUGACUUACACAAGUACGAAGACAUGAUCAUUGAUACUUUUGGUUUCGGCCUUCAUCAUCGCUCUCAGAUUGGGGAGCUGGACGUGCCGCAAACGAUUUUGACAACCUUAUAUUUACACACCUUCAUCCUCAUUUUUCGACCGUUCGUCAUAUUCGGUGGAAAGCUGAAAACCCAAAAGCCCUGUUCUGACUCCAGUGAGCAUGGUUCUCGAUCCAAUCCACCAUGGCUCGACACGGCAUGCGGAUAUGCGCUCGACGCCACCAAGAAGCUUAUAGAUUACCUCUUCCUCGCAAUUUCGUCCAAUCAGACAGUCAAGGAUAUGAGAUAUAACCACGUCUUUUUGGAGAACUGUUGUGCUGUGCUCAGCUACGACAUUCUGCAUGAUCGCGACAAAGUGCCAGCGCAUGUUCCUUCGAUCAACAAAAGUCUCGCCUGCUUAUCACAGAUGAGACCCGGAGAGCAAGUUCAACGAAUAAUCACGUCGUUUCAAACCCUGCUCGCAGGGAUCGAGUCAGCAAAUGCUUUGAAUCACACCGACUGGACUAGUGAGAUCUCCAUCGCCAAACUUGAUGGGAGUAGUGCAGAUUACACUCCUUCUAGUAUUUACGAUUCAUCCACUUGGAGCCCACCGAAAGAAAGCAUUGAAGUGCUAAAUGAUCCCGCACACUUCAUCCUAUCUUGA